AUGGAUUCUUUACCGGUAGAGAUCAAGCAUAUAAUAUGCCGCUUUGUGAAAGCGGAUUCGCACCAAGAUCUCUCCUCCGUGAGCCGGAUUAAUCACGCAUGGUACAACACUGCGGCCCCCUUCGUCUAUGACACUUUGAGCAUCGCCUUCCAUAACGAUGGGAGUCUUCCGACUCUGGUCUCCGAAGUGAGCAAUCAUACACAUGGCGAGCCCUUUCUAAAAUAUGCCCGCAGACUUGAUAUCGUCUGUCUGCCGGAUCCGUCUCGGAAGACAACCAAAGCUCUCCAGAUCCGCGAUGUUAAGAAUAGAGCUCUCCAGUCCAUCGACUUCAGGUCCCCCGCAUCUGUAGAUACCUUUUUAGAGCAUCGACUGAAGCGCUGCCAUGACCAAGUUCUCCCGUUCUUGGCCACGGAAUCCGUUUAUUACAGAGAGAGAAACUGGAAACCGCUUGUUUCAUUAAUCGCCCAGUUGGAACGUCUGACCGAACUCAACUAUGUCAUCCAAAAUAUCUUCCCGACCGAGCUCUUUGCGGUUCUCAACCAGUACCACCCAAGGUGUCGAUUAAAUGUCUGGACUCACCAAUCUUUAAAUUUGAACUUGCCAGACUACUAUGGAGACUCAUAUCCAGGACCUCCAUCCAAAUUCAACGACCCGUUCGAUCUAAACGUCCUGCGCUCAUCACAACUCCAUGCAUUUUCGAUGUACCACUCAAGGCCACCAACUCUACCAAACGGUUUAAAGAGAGCCCAGUUGACGGAAACUCUCCUCUUCGCCCUCACGGCUGCAAAUCUUAAACAUCUUUCCUUCCAAGACCUAGGAUGUCUGACGACAGAAGAUAUGUUACGGGUCAAGGAGAAAUGGCAAGAACUUUCUCUCACGGGCAAUUUCACGCCAAGAGCAUCUCUCGAUUCGCUUUCCUUCGACGCCCAUCCGCCCAUGAGCCCCUGGGAAGAAGUGUUAUCAAGUAUGUCCCAACUUGUCGAUCUCUCGCAACUCCGCUCCCUCGAGAUCGGCGUAUACAACAAUCCUGCCAUACUCAAAAAUGUCGCGUCAGAGCUACACGGACUUGAACGGCUUUACAUCAACAUGCACCCAUGGAAACUCCACCACGAAGACAUUCACGCCGAUGACGAGCAAAUGGUCGCCGCCGUACAAGCCUUUCGCCCCCUCCGAUAUCUAUGCCUAGAAGGACUACGAAGCUUCACCUCGCUUCGCGAAAUCCUAUCUCAGCACGGAAAUUCCUUGAAAGGCCUCCUCAUCCAAUCAAGCACCCACAUGCGCCGAAUCUCCAACAUCGUCGACACAGGUUUCAAAUACCCCCUCUGGACCGCCGGCCAAAUAACCGAGAUAUCGCAAAGCUGCCCGAAUGUAGAGGAGCUCUGUCUUCCAAUCCAACGCAGCGAAGGUAGUCCCCGGGAAUGCGGGCUAUAUAAAGAGCUUGGCAGCUUUUCAAAACUGCAUACCCUGGUCCUGGACCUGCACUACGAUCCGCGCGAGCGACCAAUAACUCCCUGGCCAAUCGAGCCGGCAACAGAACCAGAUAUCCUAAGACGAACAUUUUCAAACGCAGCCGUCGACGAAGUCCUCGUCUCAAAGAUCUGGCACCUCAUCUCAUCAAACCAAUCUAGUCGGCGUCUGAAGAAUCUUCGAAUCACGCCCGUUGGUAUGGAAUUCUUCGAUAAACUAGAACAACAGAUUCUCGGCCAACUGGGUCGAUCAUUCCUCGUGCAACCGCCCCGCGUCGGCGAGGUGAAGGUGGAAAUUCAGGAAAUCGGCCGCAUUGCCUGGGAAUUAUGGUGGGAGAGUCAAGUUGGAGACGAUGAGGAGUCGACUUCUGUCCCGAAACCGGUGGAAUUGGUCCUGCGCGAGCUGUGGCCCCAUACACAUCUGGAAAGGGGGCUUAUUAAGGGCUGGCAUAGUCUUUCUUUACAGGAUUGGGAUAUCAAGGGUUCAAGUUCAAGUUCUUCGUCGGGGAGUCGGAGGAAGUUCCAUCGGGCUAGAACUAUUUAG